UAUUCUAUUGUCUUCUCUCUUCUCUCCCUUCUUCUCACUCUCCACCAAACCAAAAAAACCUUCCCUUUCAUAAUAAAGAAAUACUAAAUGAAUUAAUCUUAAGAAAGAUAUGUCCAACAAAGGAAAAGACAUAGUUGAAGGAUCAUCAAGAUCUUCAAUAGGUGAUGAUCAAAAUCAGCAGCAGCAACAACAAAUUCCGCUUAGUCGAUACGAGUCACAAAAGAGAAGAGAUUGGAACACUUUUGGACAAUACUUAAGGAAUCAAAGACCACCAGUGGCACUAUCAAAUUGUAAUUCAAACCAUGUUCUUGAAUUCCUAAGGUACUUGGAUCAAUUUGGAAAAACAAAAGUGCACUUACAAGGUUGUUUGUUUUUCGGACAAACCGAACCACCUGGACCAUGUACUUGUCCUCUAAAACAAGCUUGGGGAAGUCUUGAUGCACUAAUUGGAAGAUUAAGAGCUGCUUAUGAAGAAAAUGGUGGAUUACCUGAAACUAAUCCUUUUGCUAGUGGUUCCAUAAGAAUCUAUCUUCGUGAGGUGAGAGAUUCUCAAGCUAAGGCUAGAGGAAUUCCUUACAAGAAGAAAAAGAAGAAGAGGGUUGCAAUUAAACAUAACGGGGAUACCUCAAAUUUACCUAUGCAGUAAAGUUUAUUGGCUCUUCAUUACCAUAUAUGGUUUCUAAAGUAUUUCAAAGUCCUGAAUCUAAAUUUGUUGCUAAGCAUUGGAUAAUUACUUCAGGUAAAGACAUGGAAUGCCGGUUGUUUAAUAUAUUCUUGGGUAAAGUUUUAACCCAUUUCAUAUGGUCUUUAUGAGUUAUGGGAUGUAUUUUGUUAUAUGUUCGAAUGAGAAUUUUAGAAUGAAGUUGAGGAAGAAUUGAGUUUACAAUAUUGGGCAAGUCCCUGUACUAUAUAUCAAUUCAGCCAUAUUAUAUGGAUUAUUUGCGUAUAA